AUGGAGAACAAGACAAUAGUAAUUGAUAACGGUUCAGGAUAUAUAAAGGCGGGAGUAAAUUCAAGUGAAGAGCCAUCGAUUGUGUUCCCAACUAUUGUAGGAAUUGAAAGGAACGAUGAAAGUAAAAGGAUAUAUACAGGUGAUGAAGCAUUUUUUCAUGAAUCGAAUUUAUCUAUUUAUCGCCCUAUUGAUCAUGGACAUAUAAGUGACUGGGAUAAAGCUCAAAAGAUAUGGGAGUAUACAUUAAAUUGUGUAGAUCCUAGUAAGAGUAUUAAAGACAUAUUAUUAACAGAACCUCCUCUAUGUUCUAUAUCUCAUCGAAAAAAAAUGGGAGAAAUGUUUUUUGAAUAUUUCGAUACUUCUAAUCUUAAUAUAUCUGUUUCUGGAUUAAUGUCUUUAUAUGCAUCUGGAUUAACUACUGGUCUUGUUUUAGAUAUAGGAGAAGGUCUUACACAAUGCUUACCAGUUUUUGAUGGUUAUAUUGAAAAAAAUUCUAUUAUUCGUUCAGAUUUUGGUGGAGAAGAAUUAAGUAUGUUUUUGCAAAAACUUAUAUGUGAUAUCGGUUAUAGUAUGACAACAACAAAAUGUUUAGAAUAUAUAAAAAAUAUUAAAGAGACCAUAUGUUUUUGCUCUUUAAACCCAUCAGAAGAUCAAUUAAGAAAUGAUCUAGCAGAAACAUAUACAUUACCUGAUGGAGAAGUUUUAAGAGAUGGAUAUGAUUCUAUAGAAAUAUCCCAUGAACGUUUUUAUGUCGCUGAAGCUUUAUUUAAUCCACAAUUAUGUCAAAGAGAUAAUCUAAGUAUAAUUGAUAUAAUUUGGAAAUCCAUUUUAUCAUGCCCAAUGGAAAAUCGAAAAAUAUUAUCUAGCUCUAUAGUACUUUCAGGAGGUUCUACUUUAUUUCCUAAUCUAGUUGAGCGUAUAGAAACAGAAGUAAAAAAUAAUGCUCCUCAAAACGCCCGUUCGAUGGUCAAGGUUCAUGCUUACGAGAACAGAGCUAUUAUGGCCUGGUGUGGAGCCCAAAUUUUUUCACAGACUGAAUUGAGAGAAGCACAAAGAGGAGUAUGGAUAUCAAAAGAAGAAUAUGAAGAAAUAGGAAGCAACAUUUUCUUAACAAAG